AUGUCCCGGCCUGGUAGCCGCCGUCGGGCAUUCGACCCGCCCACUCGAGCGAGAAGGGAAUACGAGCGCCACCGCCUGGAACUAGCUGAGUUCGUGCUUUGUCAGAAACAGCGACCUCCACCAGAACCUCUGAUUGCGAGACUUUCGCAAGUCCAACAGUUGAAAGAUACGGAAAAGGAGCAAGAACGGAAAGAAACAUUUAAGGCUCAAUUUCGCGCGGGCUUAGUCGUAAAGAAGCGGCCUCGAUGUGCAGACGCGCACGCCGCGCCGCUGUCGCCCCUCCUCGCGUCGGCUUCUCCUCCUUCCGCGGGAACGCGGUCUGCGUCUGCCUCUACGGUACAGGCCUCGUCUGCCUCAUCGCCUCCGUCGUCUCUUGAGCCGUUAUCACCGCUGCCUGCCCGCGGCGAGAGCGACCUUUGCGCGCCGUUGCGUUCGUCGCGUGCCCACUCUCGAGGGCCGGGCGGUUGCGAGCCCGACACGAAGAAAAACAGGCUGUGUUUGAACCAACAGGAGCGUCGCGGUACGCGGCGAGCCCCUGACUUUAGGCGCAGCGAAGGCGAGACAGACACGCGGCGUCCUGCCAUUCCCCAUGGGCAGCGUGCGCGUCCCAGCGUCGCUGCCGCAAGCCCUUCGGUGCUUCCGCAGCCGGGUCCCGUUGCCGCUUUGUCCGCGCCGCUCGGAAGUUCGGCCUCAACCUCUCGUUCUUCGCUGCCUUCUGCUGCGUCCUCACUGCAGACGGCGUUUCUUUCCGAGAUUCUUGGCGCAUACCCCGAGGACGAAGCCGGUCCGGCCUCGACGUCGUCUGCGGCAGAGGCAGUUUCGCUGGGUAGCACGCUAGAGGCGAAGCCCUGA